UUUGUUGUGGUUCCGAGAUGUCAACGGGACUGUUGUUUCCAGUAGCAACAAAACAUUCGCCCCAUUUUCACCGAGGAACAGUCGGCUUGACACGUCCUGCUCGUCUUAUCCAGUACAUUCUAGUCUUUUUUACCAUCACAGGUAGUGCAUCAUGUCUGAUAUAGGCUCAGAGGAGUUCGAAGAAGAGGCCGGGCCGUAUUUGGGCGAGUACGAGGGGGACAGGAACGAGGAAGGCGAGAGGCACGGCUACGGCAAGGCGACCCUCCCCAACGGAGACACAUAUGAGGGACAGUACGAGCAUGGCAAGAGGCAUGGGUCCGGCACCUACAGAUUCAAGAAUGGCGCCCGGUACAUAGGAGAAUACAUCAAGGGCAAGAAACAUGGCCAGGGCACCUUCAUCUAUCCUGAUGGCUCCAAGUAUGAGGGCAGCUGGGUGGACGACCAACGGCAUGGCUAUGGCGUUUACUUCUACGUAAAUGGGGACACUUUCGAAGGCGAGUGGCAGAACCACCAAAGACACGGGCAAGGCACUUACACAUACAAGGAAACAGGAAGCAAGUACGUAGGCACGUGGGUGAACGGGAAGCCUGAUGGAGCUGGUGAGAUGGUCCAUCUGAACCAUCGCUACCAGGGCAGCUUCAUGGCUGGUCACCCACAAGGACCCGGCAAGUACAUCUUCGACAUCGGCUGUGAACAGCACGGAGAGUACAUUGCUGUGGAACAGGCUGCUGGAGGUGAGGAGGAAGAAGAGCCCAUGAUGGUGACCAUCCCUAAGUGGAAGGCCGGGAAGAUCACCCCCAUCACACUGAGGGCUGUACAGGAGCCUGAGGAGCCUGCUGAGCCAGCAGAGGGGGAAACUGCACCAGAGGAGGCUGAAGGAGAGAAGCCAGCUGAACAGGCGGAGGGUGCCACAGAGGAAGAGCCUGCAGCGGAGGAGGCAGCUGCAGAGGAGGGUGAUGCUGAGGCGGAAGAGCCCACUGAGGGGGAGGGGGGUGAGGAGGCUCCUGCAGAGGAGCCAGCCGCAGAGGCAGAGGAGGGUGGGGAGAACUAGGGAACAAUCAAGGCUGAAUUCUGCUACUUCUAGUCUAGGGGUUCUGUAUUGUAUUUUUUAAAAUUCCUGAAUAACAAUGGCUUCUUUUUGGAUUUAACAGAAGCAAGAGUUUUGCCCACAAAUGUUGCUUGUUUGGAAAAAUAUGUAUCCCUUCCCAAUUGAUGUAAAUUCUCUCCCCAAAUUGAGAUGAUAUCUUCAUUUCCCUAACUAAAACUUGGCAACAACUAUGUUGUGGAAGGUUCCUCAGAGCCAUCAUUUUUUAGUAGAGGUAAGACUAAGACAACUGUAAAAUAUGGUGAUGUGUUCUACAGCACAACUGGCAAUGGCAGUAGAUGUAUAUAUAAGAGUUUUAACCAUACCGUGAAUGCACUCUCUAUUGUUUGAAUGUUGAAUUCUAUAUGUUAGAAACCAGAAAGUACAUUUGGGUAGUUGAGGCUAAGAUUUUCUACAUCACAAACAGAGACCAAUAGAAAUAUUUCCUGGGGUUCCACUCUUGUAUUUGUACAUGUACAUAUUCUUCUACAAGGAAAUUAAAGUUCUGACUUUUAC